CGCGGUGCGGUGGGCGCGGUGCGCUGGGCGCGGGACCCGGUCGGCCUUUCUGCGUUGCCCCCGGGAGAAAAGACGGGUGAUGGACCACGGUUGCCGGGCGGCCCGGGAGGGCUGAUCGAAGGAGGAGAGUGUGUGGUCAGGCGGCUCCACACCACCUGAAGGACUUGGCACACCUCCCCCCGAGUGGGCGGCCGGGCAUCCCGGCUAUUGCAGCGGAGCGCGCGGCGGCCCGGGGCGCGGGCGUGGAGCUGGCGUUUUCUCUUUUUUUUUUCUCGUUUACUCUCCCUCCUCUGCCCACACGCGCUCUCCCCCCAGACGGUGGUGAGGUGGAAGGCGGCGGUGCGGGGAUGAACAAAUGGCGUCUGGAGCAAGAUAAGGAUUCGAACUAGCAGACGCCCACACUUACCUCAGUUUAGAUGCAUCAGUAAGAAGAACCAGGUUGUCUCCUGCCAACAGAAUUGGUGCCGAAACCCUGGACCCAGGCUUGGAUCCCACCCUUUGUCUCCAGCCUUCUGGAACGCAACAGCGGCGGGAUCCAGACCCCGCACACACCUGUGAGCCGGUGCGGGACCUGCAGCUCCUGUUCAGAAAGAAGACGGCGGGGACAGCAGGAUGGUGCCACACGUCCCUGUGCGCUGGUGGAGGACCUCAGGUUCCUUUGCUACACGGCUGCUCCUGAGUCUGAUAAGUAGCUUUCUGUUUUACCCCUUAACCCCUUUCGCUUAUGCUAAACCUCCACCUAAAACUGCCUAUGAAUUAGACAAUCAUACUCCCCAAUCUUUCAAGUCUCCCUAUCCACCUUCUCUUUCCAACCGUACUUCGGGCUAUGUUCAGCCACUGGCACUAGAACAGUGGGGAAACAUCUCUGCAACCCUGGACGAAAACAUUGUACAUUUCGGCCCAUGGGGCAGCGUAGCCGCUCACAACCUUGAUAACCAAUUGCCCAGGACUUUCUCCACUAGCAGUCAACGCUCCCCUAGAGGGCCUGUGUUUUCUCACUUAAUACACCCUCUGCAGGUCAGGUACCCCCUCUGCAUUGUCAGUAAUGCUCCAGGAGGCACGCCCGUGGGAAGGCUUGCUGACAGCCAGUGCCGCCAACAUCUUCUGAUCCCAGAUCCCCCGCUCACAAACACUAGUCAUGGAAUUUUCCUCACCAUCAUACCCCAUAUGUCUGGGGGGAUUCCUAACCCAGGGGACGAGACAAAUUUCAUCCACACCCGCUUUCCAGAGCCAGCUGUUCCUAGCCCACCUUUGUACAAAAACUCACCAAAAACAGCGUACUGCCAAGGCAGGCCAUCCUAUUCAGUGAAUCGUUUCCUCCCACACGAAGGAGAGCACUGUGUCACCCUGUACCGCAGCUCUCGGGUCGCUGUACAUUUUGGACCGAAGAGGGGCUCUAUCUUUACUGAAGUCAUAAAUAGCCCACGUUUCCACAAUCCUGUCAUAGACCCCCUGGUUGCAGCCUCGCUGGCGGCGCAAGGACUGCAGUGGUGGGGCACCAAGUACCCAAGGACCAGGCAACUCGUCAAAGGCAGAUACGUCUCUGUAGAAACCCCGCCGGUUAAGCUGGCAGAAAUGGAACUGGCAGCAGAAAUACCCCCUUUAACAGGAGUCUUUUGGGUCUGCGGGUCCCAGGCGUACUUGACCCUCCCUCCACGGUGGAGAGGAGUCUGCUCCCUGGCGUAUGUUUCCACAAAGUGAGAAAAGACCUCCGUCCCAUUCCCAUGGUGAGGACAAGGACACCUUUCCAAGAGGUCUGGUCUCCUUAUUCCUCUAAUACCAUUUACAGGGGUUCUCCCUGCCACAGGAGCUGUGGUAGGUGGAGCCUCCUUAGGAACCCACCACCGCCUAUCACAGGAGACAGCUGAGUCAUUGGCUGAAACAGGGGAAACGCUGGCAGCACUCCAAGGGACACUGGACUCAUUCGCUGGAAUUGUCCCCCGCAAUCGAAGGGCAUUAGACCUCCUCACAGCCUCAAUGGGAGGGACAUGUCUACCUCAAGGAGCAGUGUUGCUUCUGCGUCAACAAGUCAGGGCAGGUCCAACAAAACACCCGAGGCAUCCCCGAGUCUGCGUCGGGAUCAAAAGUUCAACCUCUCUGUGGGAUUCCAAUUCACGGCUCGUGUCUCUACUUCUUCCCUUGGCAGCACCAUUAUUAAUUAUACCAGUGAUACUAUUAUUUGGGCCCAUGAUAAUCAACUUACUAACUAAAUUUAUCUCUUCUUGAACAGAGGCUAUAAAGCUGCAAAUGAUUGUCACGAACAACUAUUGACCUGAGGAACCAGAGGUUCCGGGCAUCCAUCGUGGGCCGAUGGAGAGACACUGUCCUCCCCCUCCUCUGGCCAGUGCCCAGCAUCCCUGACAGUCCCAGAGAUUCGUCACCAGCUCCCAGAUAGAUAGGGUGAGAGUCUCAUGGUUCUCGAUAGGCAGGGUCUGCUGUCCCAUCCAAGCCUGAAGUAGCUACAGAAGACUGACCUUCACCCCUCAACAGCCCAAAAAAGAAUUUUUGAGAACCAUGUCUCUCAGGAAAAAGGAGGCAGGAGACAGCAUAGGAAAAACUGUGGGACUGCACUGCUGUUACUGGCCGGGGGCCAGCGUCCUGGUUGCCAGGAAACACCUUUUAUCACUUAGGCUGAAUGAAUACUAAAUCUAGGCAGGGAGGAGGAGCGAGACACUGUCUCACCCAUGACUCAUCAGUCCUGAGCCUGGUCCCUUAGUAACGCCGGGUGUUCCAACAUCAUGAGAAACUGCCUUGGCAAGGAAGGAGGGACGUCCUUGAAAUUCUGAGUAGCGUGUCCACCGUCUGAGAAAGAAGGCCUUGAAACUGCUUUCAUCCCAGGGCCUGGCAUGCCAGAGAGGGUCCACAGGGCCCGUAAAUAACUUUGGGUGACCGCCCCACCUUUCAUUAAACGCCCCCUGUCACCUAUCUGGUUUACAACAGGAUGAACAAAUGGCGUCUGGAGCAAGAUAAGGAUUCGAACUAGCAGACGCCCACACUUACCUCAGUUUAGGUAGGCAUGUUGCCCCCCUCCCCCCGCCCCAGGAAAGCUGGCACCACCUUUACCUGUCAGUCAGGGUGUAACUUGUUCACCCCAUCCCACCACCUGGGGGAGUCCUCAGAGCAAAGGACUCGCUGUCUGGGCGCGCUUGGCUCCCUGACCACCCUGGGGCCCGCCCCCUGGGCCUUCAGCUGCCCGUGCUUUUGCCGCCCUGCUUUGCCCUGGACCUCUGCCGUUCACCCCCUCUACACCCCGCCCUAGCUAGGCCCAGCCAUUUCCAUGGGAAGGGAUCACUAGUAAGCUAAUAGAGUUGCUGAUCUGUAAUUCUUUUUUUUUUUAGACUUUAUUUAUUUAUUUUUAGAGAGGGAAGGGAGGAAGAGAAAGAAACAUCGAUGUGCGGUUGCUGGGGGCCGUGGCCUGCAACCCAGGCAUGUGCCCUGGCUGGGAAUCAAACCUGCAACACUUUGGUUCACAGCCCAUCCUUAAUCCACUGAGCUGCGCCCGCCAGGGCAGAUCUGUAAUUCUUUACAUGCGUCACUAAGAAGAACCAGGUGUCUCCCAUCGACUCUGGGACGGGUAAUGGUUGGAAAAGUGAAAGCAGGUGGGACUUCCCAGCUGCCCUGCAGUCACGUACAAAAGUGAAUGCCUCACCACCUCCAGCCCUCCUCUUCCUGGAGAGGUUUGUGCAGAUGAGUUUUUCAUCUUUUAAAAGAAAGAACAAAGAGUAUAGAAAAGUGGAAUGUCAGAGUUCAACAGUCCUUAAAUGUGAAGGUCCUUUUAGCUAAGUUUUUAAAACAAAGUACUCCACUCCUUGGAGGUUGUCUACCUCAGUAGUUCUGCCCAAUAUGUCCUGCUUCCUGGGGUUAUAAAUUACCUUGUAUUUGUAUUCACAUAUUUGGGCCAUGCAAAGGAAAAUGGGCUCUUCAGAAAUACCAAUGCGCAGUUUGCGGAGCGAGAUCGGUACUAUCAGUUGGAUUUUGACUAUUUAAAUAUGAGGCUGAAUAACCAGGAGUCAGAAAUCUAAAGAUCUCUGUGCUUUCCUCUUCCCUUUCAUUUCCCCUGCAGCCAAUAAGCCAAGUCUUCAGGUCGGUAGGAACCCCACAGCCACGCCUUGUUGCUAACAGUGUGUGUUCCAUAAUAGAUUCAAACAGUUUCGUUUCAGAACCCCUUUACACUCCCUGCCUUUUUUUAGACAGAGUUUUUUCUAAUUGACUUUAGAGGGAGAGAGAAGCCCUGACUUGUUCCACUGAUUUACGCAUUUAUUGGUCAAUUCUUGUACGUGCCCCGACCCGGGAUUGACCCUGCAACUUUGGUGCAUUGGUACAAUGCUGUAACCAACUGAGCUACCUGGUCAGGGCCUUGCCACCCCUAUAGCAUUAAAAACUGCAAACCGCUUUUGUGUAUCUAUACGUUUUAUCUUCCUAAUUUAAAAAGCCACCUUCUGCUGCUCGGAUCUACAGUAAUGCACACUACCUUGAAUCAAUAAAGAGUAGAUUGAAGAGGUCACCAGCAUGAAUGACACAGUAUCUCUGGAAAAACCCCCUCCAGCUUCAGAACACCAGGCUUAAAAUGAACUUGCAUAAUGGACCCAUUGCAUGGAAUCGUUUUAUUCUGCAUCCCUGGGGUCUUUGCAGUAACUUAAAAUUGCUUGCCCCUAGGGUCUGCACGAGCCAGCUCUUACUUUGGUAAGUCAGUAAUGAAGGCAAGUGGCAUUCAAGCCACAUCAGCUAUAGGAUGUGUUCUUUUUUGUUCUAUUUUUUUGUGACUCUUUGCACAUUCUGGAGAACUAACCCAUCAAGUUCACCAUAAUAUGCCCAUAGUGUAUUUUGAGUGGUGCGUGUUUCCUGCAAAAAGCACCUAUAUUUAUGCAAAAUGAUAGAACUUUGAGGUGUGUUUAUUAAUGUCCCUCCAGGGAUAGGUUGUACUAUGGGAUUGCAGGUUAAGGGAAAGCUUUAAAAUCCCUUUCUACCAAUUUUACUUUUAAUAGCUCUUUACAUAGAACAUAAUAUGAACAACUAAUGUAAGUCUUAAUAUUAAGUUUUAAUUUUUAAUAUAUUUUAUUGAUUACACUAUUAUAG